AUGAGCCUCGAGGCCACCAUCGCGCAAAAGACGGCUGGCACAGACGCGAGCGAGGUGCUGGAGCUGGUGCUGGAUGGUGUCAAAGCGAGCAAAGUGACGGGCCUGAACCAAUUCACCAAGCUCAAGGUGCUGCAGCUGAAUGGGUGCGGGCUCACCUCGCUCGAGGAGUUCCCCACCCUACCCAACCUGCAGCGGCUCGAGCUGGCAGACAACGCGCUCUCGGACGGGCUCGACCACCUGCAGGACGCGGCGCUCAUGCAUCUGAAGGCGUCGCUCCCCAGCCUGCGCGAGCUCGACAUGGAGGGCUGCGCCGUCGCGGAGGAGGACGCCUACCGCGAGACAGUCUUUGAGAUGCUGCCGCAGAUCAAGUACCUGGACGGCGCGUUGGCCGCGGCGAGGCUCUUGCCCUAG